UUGGAAUCAACGGUGACCAGCUCUGGUGGGAGGGAUGGGAGGAGGCUUGUGCCUAGGUCCUAGGCUCCCCCAAUUCAUUCUCUCAGGCUGGGGAGGGACUUGACCCCAAGGAACGGAAGCAGAAACACAGGAAACCCAGAAGCCUGUGAUACUAGACUGAGCCUGGGUCCUGCAAGAGGCUUGGAGAUCAAGGCCUUAGCCGGUGGGCCUUGGCCUGAGGUUGCCUCUGGAUCAAGGCAUGUGAGGUCUGCUAAAGGCAUGGCAAGUAGAACCCUGGCCCUGUGUGAGGUGAGGCUUGGUUGCCAGGUGACUGUCUGUGGCAGCCACCUGCUGUGGGAAGGACUCUACUUGCUAUCGCUUAUCCCUCAGCUGCAGCCACCCUGGUACCGCUCCUUCCCUUGCUACCAUGUCGCGCCAACUCAGCAUGGAUACGCUGCGGCAGAACUUCUGGAAGGAGGAAUAUCUGAGGGAGAAGAUGUUGCGCUGUGAAUGGCAUCAUAAGUAUGGGUCGAUGGUGAAGGCCAAGCAGAAGGCUAAGGCUACAGCGCGCCUGCCCCUCAAACUGCCCACCCUGCACCCCAAAGCCCCACUCUUACCUCCACCUGCCCCCAAAGCAGUGCCUUCCAAGGUCCCCAGCCCUGCCCUGGAGGCUCCUAUUCGGUCAGAAAUGUACCCAGUCCUGCCUGCCACCCGGGCCCUGCUGUAUGAAGGCAUCUCCCACGACUUCCAGGGGCGCUACCGCUACCUCAACACCCGAAAACUGGACAUGCCAGAGAUGCGUUACCUCUUCCCCAUCACCACCAACUUCACAUAUGGCUGGCAGCUGGAGAUGGCCGGCUCUGUCCGUCCCCAUGGCAAGCAGUGGAGGAGCCUGAGGUGGGGGAAAAGAUGACACUUGGCGGAUGGGCCAGUUCUGCCAUCACUGCUGGUCUGGACCCCCGGUCGGCUCUGUCUGCCCACAGCCCACGUUCCUCAGGAGCACUUUUUAUUCCGUCACACUUACAAGUGGAUACAAUACAGGCAGCUUGUGGGGCUCCCGGGCUCCGCAAGUUCCUUUCCCAGGAUCCAUUCCUGGCCUCUGACAUCUUUUCCCAGGCCCCCCAGCGAAGCAAGAACUGGUGUCCUGUAAGAUGUGCCGCAUCGAAUCCUUCUUCCGAAAGAAUGGGGCCUUCGCGCUGCUUGACCCUCGGGACCUGGCUCUCUGACGUUGGCCAGCCAGGGGACUUGGGGGACCGGGAGAAGGAAUAACACGCCUCCUGGUGGGGCUGAAGCCGCUGUGUGUGUCUGUGUGUCCGGCCUCCCAGGCGCUGAGGCAGAGUUCUGGGCCUUUUUUGGAACUUCCUCUGAUGGCCCUUGCUGCCGGGUCGUGGCUCGCCUUUUCCUCGGUCUCCAUCUCUUUAAUCACCCCGUGAGGAUUCAGCAGUGACUGGAGGGGGCCGGGAAGGGUGAGCGCUGCUCUCCAGGCAAAGGCUCCUCAGCGCCCGGGGGCCACAGGAGCCGCUGGAAGUUCUGGGUGUUCCUGGGAGAGAGCGGCCCGUCCUCCCAGAUGCCAGAGAGCGGGAGCCACCACCGCCCCAUCGGCUGCCCCCCUCGCCCCUCACCUGGCCCCGAGGGCCCGCAGCCGCCAGGUCCGCUCCCGGAGCACUUGCUGCAGCCGCUCC